GUUUUGAAACGGAUGCACUAUUGGCACUGGCGAAGCGAACCGAAGAAAACCUGAAGCCCCUGAAACUCUGGCUCCUCCAUAAAGAUCCCAGGUCUUGUCCCAAAACCCGAGGCCGUGCGAAUGUCUUUCGGUUUCGACGGCAGAAGCUCGAAGAGCUGCUAUCUUCAUCGGUCGCGCUGGUCGUUUAAAAGUGAAAUUUACUGAAUGAAAAGAAAUGUCUUCUGGCCAGCCUCGCUGUCUGGCCGUGUGGCUUUGUGUUUGAUUAUUGAUUUGUGACAAUUGUCGGCAAGGAAAUGACUGCAAAUUAGUUGGCAAACAAUCGCCGCCUCGAAAGGAUUAAAAAAAAACCAACAGAUUUUAAAACGCUUAUUCGCGAGAUCGUGGAUAUAUUUGUUCCUGUGCCAGUGGCAUUGAAUGGUAAGCCGAUUGGCCGGAAAAAUAAGAUAAGACGUGAAAAAAACCCGAGAGACCGAUCAACGAACCGAGCCAAACGAUGAUUAGUGAACGCCACAAGAGCCGCGAUUUGGUUACGAUACUUGGUCUGCUCCACCUCCUGCUCCUCGGAGUCGCCUCCGGCCAUGUGAUCGAGGUUUUGGCUCAAUCAACAACCGCAUCCACAUCCCAGGCGCAGACGGAGACGGAGACGCAGACGCAGACUUUUCAGGCUUUGGAGACCAAGACCAAGACGAAGACGAAUGCCAGUCAGGAUGGGGCUGGUCUGACGCCCGGUGCGACAACAGCCCCCAGGCUGGAUCCGAACAACAACAACGAGUGGCGUCCCCUUGGACACGGAGAUCCCCUGCAAAAGGACCCCACCUACGACUACAGUCCGCCGGCCUUGGAUCGAGUUCGCUAUUGGGCGGAGAACAACAGCACGGGACAGAGUAAUCCGGAGGCCAGGAAAAAGGAGCUACCGCCGGAGGUGCUUCGCAAUAAGACGAAGAGCGAGGUUCUGCUUCUGGGCGUGGCCAGUGAACGGGUGAGGGUGCCCCACUCCCAUUCGUAUCCGCCAGUGGGCUUAAGCCAACAUCAGCAGCAGCAACAACAGGCUAAAUAUGCAGGCAUCCGGAGAAGCUACUAUGCUCCCACUCAACAGCAACAUAGCCAACAUAGCCAACAUAACCCACAAAUGCCACAACAAACCCAACAUAUUCCACCCCACUUGCAUACCCAGCAGCACAUGCCACACACCCAUUUGAUGCCACCACCCAUGAUGAUGAUGAAAUCGGGUGCCUCCCCCGUUCCUCACCUGGAAUAUAGACACAGCAUGAUGGCCACAGGGGCACCCACCUCGUAUAUGAGCCUCAAUUAUAUGAGUUCGCCAACGCCCAAACAGGCGAUAACCUCCUCUGUGAUUUACCAUCAACCAGGGAUGGGUCACCAUACCUCUUUGUCGUCCUCAACGCCUUGGAUAACCAGCAUGCCACCACCACAUCGCUUGAGUCACUCAGACCCACAUAUCCAGGAAACCAUGCACAGUUAUAGCUUUUCGAGGCCCCAUCACCAGCAAUCGGUGAGUUACUCGCCCAACUCGCUGCCAGGACUUCAAGGUGGACCCAAAACAGGUCUAAGGAAACCCUGGCUGCAUGAGCUGUUGCAAAAGGAGGUGGUGGUGACGUCCAAGCCCAAGGUAAAGCCCACAAUGCCGGCUACCAAAUAUCUGAUGGGUACGAGCAAGCCACAUCACCCACUGCCACCUGUUGGUUUUGGCAUUAGUUCAACCCGCCCACCGUUUACCUACGCCCCAGUGACCUUUGUGCCUGGACCACCCACCGUAGUGGUGCCCACCGUGGCCACCAGACAAGAACUGCAGCCGGAGGUCUACAUCACACCCACUCCUCAACCAAGUAGCUCUAGGUUUAGACCCAUGUUGAUGACCAGCACAGCCACCGUGGGAACCACUCCUUCGACCACAUCGACGACUUCACCCAUUUAUCAACGUACCAGCAGCACACCAACCAGUAAUCGUUUGCUGAUCCCCCAGACGAGCAAUCUGGCCCAGCGACCCACCGUGGCUCCUGCUCCGAGUGAACCCACCACCGACUCGCUUUUCUCCCACUACAAGCAACCACCGAAACCCCUACUAGGACCCAUGUACCUCAUCAUCGAGGGUCAUUCGAAGGUGAAGACUUAUGGCCAAAACGAAUUGGAUCCACAUAGUCCAAAGAUAGUGCCGGUUAUCUCGAAGAGGGAGCCAGUGGUUAGGAUAGCAGAUCCCAAUGAGAAGCGGGGAACGGUGGAGUCCUAUCAGGUCAAACAUUUGCACACGAAAACCACGCCCAUGACAACGACGACUACGACUAGCAAGCCCUCAACCACGAAGCCUUCGACCACAAUAGCGCCGGAAAAAUCACCUGUUUACAGCACUACUAAAGCACCGGUUAGCAGUACCACUAAGUCUACUACAGCCAAAACCACCACAGCCAAAACCACCACAACCAAAACCACCACAUCCAAAACCACCACAACCAAAACCACUAAGGCGACAACGACCAAAGGUCCAAUCAGAAGCACAACUCCUUCAAAUCCACCACAACCAAAGCCAGAAUCACCCACUGAUGUUAAUGAUCUAUUGAGCCUGCUGGAUAAUAUGUUUUCAGAUGCCCAUGAGAUCGCCUCAUCCACUGGGACACCUCCAUUGGCCACUUCCACCACGAGCACCGUGCUGAAGCCAGUUAGUACCAAGUUGUUGCCCCAACAACCGGAACCAAGGAUUGCCAGUAAUGCGGGAAACAUAGAGAGUCUGCUCGAAGAUGACACCCAUGGAGAUGAUGAAGCUGGCGAAGAUCCAGGGUCACCGAUUUCCACUGAGACACCGCCGCGAGCAACGCGUCAGGUCUUUGACUAUGAUCAAUUGCCAGAGUCACGGAUUAAAGAGGGGGUCACCGAUAUUAUGGAAUACACUGAUGAUGAGGAGGAGCUGGAGCUGGAGGGAGAUGAUGAAACGGCCACCGAUGGUGAACUGGAAGAUGAGGAGGAGACGGAGGCAGAUGAGUCACAAAAUUUGCUCAAACGAAUAGAUCAAUUUGUGGAUGAUGUCGACGAUGGUGAAGACGAUUUGGAGGAUCUAAUCGAAGGUCUGGACGACGGGGAGAUCGACGAAAGGCGACAGCAGCAUUAGCCCAAGAUAAGCAUUUUUCUUAAACUGCGCUCUAUACCAAAUCUAUCAGAAACUUUUUCUCACGCCUAAUACGUUCUUGUACAUAAGUCAGCUUUAAUUGAAUCUGUAUUUAUUUGUUGUUAGUUAUUAGGCCCUGCUGGCAUCACAAUGUGAUUGCAUUCUAUACCCAAUAUAAUUCGAGCAAAGAGUUUUCGUUGUGUAAUUAAGCAUUAAAUUAUUGAAAUUUUCUUACGUUUUUUAGUUAUUAAGUGUGCAAU